UAUUAUUGUACAGCGCCAAAUACUUCAAAUCGUAACAUUCUCUCGCAUUUUUAUCUGAACUUUCUUUUGUUUCAAAAAAAAAACAUGAUUUAAUUAUUUAAAAAUAUUUUGAAAUUCUAAGCAAAUAUAAUAUUGUUACAAAAUAGAUAAUAAAUAGUUAUAAAAAGAACAAAAUAAAACUUAAAUGCUGCUUUGAAAAAAAAAGCGACGAGUGAUUGUGUUUGAUAUUUUUAAUAGAGACAGAAAACCACAAGGAAAAUUUAAGAGACCGACCUCAUGCCGGACAUUAAAGUAACACCUUUGGGAGCUGGUCAAGAUGUGGGACGCAGUUGUUUGUUGUUGUCGAUGGGUGGUAAAAAUAUCAUGUUGGACUGUGGCAUGCAUAUGGGCUACAAUGAUGAACGACGUUUUCCCGAUUUCUCGUAUAUAGUACCGGAUGGUCCCAUAACAAGUCAUAUAGAUUGUGUCAUCAUUUCUCAUUUUCAUUUGGAUCAUUGUGGCGCUUUGCCUUACAUGUCCGAAAUGGUGGGCUAUUCGGGGCCAAUCUAUAUGACUCAUCCCACUAAGGCUAUAGCUCCCAUUUUGCUAGAAGAUAUGCGUAAAGUGGCUGUAGAACGUAAGGGUGAAUCGAAUUUCUUUACCACUCAAAUGAUUAAGGAUUGUAUGAAAAAAGUGACCGCUGUAACCUUGCAUCAGAGUGUUAUGGUAGACAGUGAAUUAGAGAUCAAAGCUUAUUAUGCGGGACAUGUCUUGGGUGCCGCUAUGUUUUGGAUACGUGUUGGCUCACAAUCCGUAGUAUAUACCGGUGAUUACAAUAUGACUCCUGAUCGUCAUUUAGGGGCUGCCUGGAUUGACAAGUGUCGCCCUGAUUUGUUGAUUUCUGAAUCUACCUAUGCCACCACUAUACGUGAUUCUAAACGUUGUCGUGAGCGUGACUUUUUGAAGAAGGUCCAUGAGUGUGUAGCUAAAGGUGGUAAAGUCCUCAUUCCUGUCUUUGCCUUGGGACGAGCUCAAGAGUUAUGUAUUCUAUUGGAAACUUAUUGGGAGCGCAUGAAUUUAAAAUAUCCCAUCUACUUUGCUGUAGGUCUUACCGAAAAGGCCAACACUUAUUAUAAAAUGUUUAUCACCUGGACUAAUCAGAAAAUCCGUAAAACUUUCGUCACCCGCAAUAUGUUUGAUUUUAAACACAUUAAACCUUUCGAUAAGACCUAUAUUGAUAAUCCUGGAGCCAUGGUGGUUUUUGCUACACCAGGUAUGCUACAUGCCGGUUUGUCUUUGCAGAUUUUUAAAAAGUGGGCUCCCAAUGAAAAUAAUAUGGUUAUUAUGCCUGGUUAUUGUGUCCAAGGUACGGUGGGCAAUAAGAUAUUAAGUGGCGCCAAAAAAGUGGAGUUUGAGAAUCGUCAGGUGGUUGAUGUUAAAAUGUCGGUGGAAUAUAUGAGUUUUUCCGCUCAUGCUGAUGCUAAAGGCAUUAUGCAACUUAUACAAAAUUGUGAACCGAAAAAUGUUAUGCUCGUUCACGGUGAAGCUGAGAAAAUGCAAUUUUUACGCACAAAAAUCCGCGAAGAAUUCAAUAUUGAAACCUACAUGCCAGCCAAUGGUGAAACUUCGGUUAUUUCUACUCCCGUUAAAAUACCAGUAGAUGCCUCUGUUUCCUUGCUCAAAGCAGAGACACGCAUUUACAAUGCUCAGCCACCGGAUCCUAAACGCAGGCGUUUAAUACACGGCGUUCUUGUAAUGAAAGACAACCGUAUAAUGUUACAAAAUCUCACCGAGGCAUUAAAGGAAAUUGGCAUUAAUCGUCAUGUUAUGCGUUUCACAUCCAAAGUUAAAAUGGAUGAUCCGGGUCCAAAAAUACGUACCGGCGAGAAACUUUUAGCCUUGCUGCAGGAGAAAUUAACCGGUUGGACAGUGACAAUGCAGGAAAACUGCACCAUUGUUGUGGAAUCGGUAGAGAUAAAAAUCGAAGAGGAUGAAAAGGAUGUUAAACAUAAGACACUCUUGAUAACAUGGACUAAUCAAGAUGAAGAUAUUGGUGCAUACAUAUUGAAUAUGUUACAAAAUAUGUGUUAGUUAAAAAAGUGUUUUUCUUAUCAU